AUGCCUCCAACAUCACAAGAACUCUCUCUCCUCAUCAAUCCUCUCGUUCCCGAUUCAGUCAUGCAUAACAACCGUACUCUCUCAAACCUCCACUCCCUAACCGCGUUUCUCCUUGGAAUUUCUGCCGGAAUCCUUGGUCUGCGCUCCUCCCAAGGCUUCCUCUUCUACCUCCUGGGCUCGCUCAUCGUCUCUUUCCUGUUUCAUGCAGUGCUAAUCGGGUUUGGCAACGGAAUGGGUGUUGGCGCGUACUUUCCGGGCACAGGGGAACUUAUCACUGAAGGGCAAGGAGAUGGCUCUUCGAAAUUGAAUAAACAGGGCAGUCAAACGAGAAAGGGGGCGUGGAGGGAUGUUUGGUUUGGUGGUGGUUCCAUGGGGGAAGCGCUUAGUGGCUUUGUGCUUGGGUGGGCUGGAGUUGGGGGCGUGCUGAGGUAG